GUCUGUUAAAAAAUGUUUUUCUGUUAAAUAAAAUAUUGUUUGGGUCAUUGUAUUUAAGUUAAAUCAAACGAAGUGCGAUUUGAGCAGUUCUGUUUUGCUCCUUUAUUUGCAAGUUUGGUUGAUCUGACUGAAAAAUAAUGCCAAGAUUUUGGUUGAAAAGGCAUUUACCAUGCAAACAUAACACUUCGGUUGUCAGCUCAAGCGUUGUUUAUAUAUUUCUGUAAGUAUUUCACUGUUAAAUGUAAAGCUUUGUACAGGAAGAAAACACAAAUGAAGGACAUUGUCAGCCCUGAGAAGAGAACGAUGCAGCUGAUUGAGUCUAUAAGGUUCUCAUCAAAUGGAUAAGUAUCGCCCUCUGCUGUGUUUUGGGAUAUACAGCAAUUGUAGUAUUGUUUUUUGAGUAUUAGGAUAUUUUUACAUCGAAGGAAUGGCAGAAAUCGCUCCUGCACCAUCCACUGAAGCAGCCCCUGCUCCCGUUAAGGCUGCUAGGACUACCAAGAAAAAGAUCGCUACCAAGCCUAAGAAAGCGGGUCCCAGCGUGUCGGAUCUCAUUGUCAAGGCAGUGUCUGCUUCCAAGGAGCGCAGCGGGGUGUCUCUGGCAGCGCUCAAGAAAGCUCUGGCGGCCGGCGGCUACGACGUGGAAAAGAACAACUCCCGGGUCAAUACGGCGGUCAAGAGUCUGGUGAGCAAGGACACCCUGCUGCAGACCAAGGGCGUCGGCGCUUCUGGCUCCUUCAAACUCAACAAAAAGGUGGCUGAAGCCAAGGAUAAGGCAGCUAAAAAGAAGGCAGUGCCCAAACCCAAGAAGCCAGCGGUGAAAAAAGCUGCUCCUAAGAAGGCUCCAGCAAAGAAACCCGCAACCAAGAAACCAGCUACCAAGAGCCCUAAGAAGGCAAAGAAACCUGCGGCUAAGAAGGCAGCAACAAAGAGCCCCAAAAAGGCAAAGAAACCAGCAGCUAAAAAGCCAGUUAAGAGCCCAAAGAAAGUCGCUAAACCCCAGCCGGCGAAGACAAAGCGGGCAGCUCCUAAAAGGCGCUGAGCUGAACAGUCUGAUGUAACCGUGUUGAAAUGAACCCAAAGGCUCUUCUAAGAGCCACCACAACUUCCUAAAAAGAGCAAAUUAUAAACUAAAUUAGAUUAUAUAAUGCACGUGAAAUUCAAAUACAUGUUUAUUUUCUGUCAUAAGAAACGUCUCCAAGCAAGCAAUGUUACACCCUCCCGCUUGCACAGAAAUAAGAAAACUUUCCUUUACCUUUCUAAACUCAAUUUUGGAAUUGGUAAAUAACGAUUUGGUUUUAAGAAUGUUUUAAAACCGAUUGCUAGUUCCGAGAGCAGGACAACCUGUUAGUGUGACAUGCGGGGAAAUGAAACUGCUAUGGUUAAAAUAAGGUUGAUACAAUUGGAAUUGUAUGAGUUAAAGAUACUAAUACAGAGAUUUCAUACAUUGUUAAAAGUAGUUGUUUUACUGUGAAGUAAAGUCACAGUAACGAGCGAUUCAUGCAUUUCUAUUUACAUGAAUUGUAUAUGUACCUGGAGUUUUCAAUGCAUUUGAGUACCCUAGUGAGAAUAAUAUCAGCGCAUUUAAGAUGUGCAAUAUUGCAUGCAAGUUAUACAUUAUGUUGUAAAAUAACAAAAAGUUGUAGCAGUACUUUUAAUAUGGUGCCUGUGUGGUGCACAUUGCACUACAGUACUACAUUGAUAUUCAGGAACUAAUAAUUUACGAGUAUUAACGAUUCAUUGAUGGCGAUUGUAUUGUGACUUUGGUGGGUCAUUAUUGUUAUCAAACAUGAGAAAAAGAUUGUUAUGAUCUGUAAACAUGUUUAAAAUGAAAAAUGAUAAACUCGCUCUUAGACUGAACCCAUCGAAGGGAAGAAAAUAAGGAAACCUUUUUGUUCUUAAGAAGCUGUGUCUUCUCUUUGUAUUUCUAAACAGUUGCGGAACCCCUAAGACCAAUCGCGGGCUACGCGCUCUGUGAUAGGUUACUUCAAAACUGCAAGUGUUAUCCAAUCAGAAUGAGUCUCGGUUUAUAAAAAUAGCGAAAACGGCCAUUUUCUUUUAUUGUGUGCUUUU